CUUAAUUUUGUGGUGUUUGUGUGUUUCGUUUUCUCAGAUUUUCAUCGCUUUUCUGCUUUCACUGAAUCUCAAAGCACAUCCUCCACCUGUGAAGCUACACAACGCGAAAAAACAAAUAAAUGGCCGACCGAGCUGCGCUGACGCAGUUUGUGAGCGACCAGCUGUUUGAGCUGCUCGGCAUGUCUGAGCGGGUGAUGGUUCAGUUUGUGCUCGCGCAGGCCAGUUCAGCCAAGUCGGCUGCUGGACUGCAUGCCGCGCUCCGAGAGACGCUGCCGGACGAUCCGCGGUCGCUGACGUUCGCCACCGAGCUGUUCAACCGCAUGCCCAGGAAUGUGCAGGCCAUGCAGCACCAGCAGCGGCUGGAGCAGGAACGGCAACAACGUCGCAGCGACGAGGCCCGCGCAAAGCAAGUCCAGCUGCAGAACAGCAAGACCCGCAUGAUUAUGGACGAACCUGCUCCUGUUGUUGCUGCUGCUGCCACUGCUGCUGCUGCUCAGAUCAAGCCAUCGAGCGCGACAAAGGCGGCGGGAUCCGAAUCGACCGCCGCCACAUCCAAUGUCACUUCAGGCGGAAGUCGUGUCAAGCGGCAAAUCCGCAGCCGUGAAGACGAUGGUCCAUCAUCAUCAUCAUCAUCAGCAUCUUCAUCAUCGGGGCAUGGCAAGGAGGCAUCGCAGCAGCAGCAGGUGGAAUCGGACGAGGACGACGACGAUCACGCUGCUGCGCGGAUUGAACGCGCGAAACGAGCGCGCUACGAACGUGCCGCUGGCUCGGCUGCUUCGGAAGACGCAGACAUGCAGAUCACUGCAGACGAAACGGAAGAGGAGCGCCGUGAACGCGAGAGAGAGCAAGAUCUUGCAGAGCGUGACGCUUUUGCUGAGCGAAUGCGAAACAAGGACAAGGAACGAACGGCAAGCACCGCUGCUGCUGCCGCUGCUGCUGCGUCCGAAAGUCUACCAGAGUCGUUUGUCCAACCAAAGUCGGCAGCCGAGCGACAGCAGGAAAUUGACGCAUUGCGCAAGGCGUCUCGGCGGCGCUACAUUGGCGAGCGGCAAGAAAAGAAGCUCUCCGAGCUCCGCAAGGAAAUUGAGGACGAAGAGCGGCUGUUUGCUGGCGUCUCGUUGACCAAGCGCGAGAGGGAGGCGCUCGAUCAGAAAAAGCAUCUGCUGGCCCUUGCAGAGGAGCACGAGCGAGCCAAGGAAAUGGAGAACGUCGACACGUACGUCAUGCCAGACGCCUACAUGGACGAGAAGAAGGGCCAGCGCGAUCGUGCCAAGCAAGAGUCGCUGCUGACAACCCGAUACUCGGAAAAGGGCAAAAAGAGCGCCGACAGCGACGCAGGCACCCGCUGGUCUGAGCAACAACGGUGGGAGGACGAGCAAAUCAAACGUUCCAUCUCGAGCAAGGGCGCAGCAGGUGGUGUCUCGGCCUCUGAUCAGUUCAUUUCCGAGACUGACGAAACCACUGGUCUGUUGCUGGCCGACCAGGUCGACUUUGUCCUGUCGGGCAACAUUUCCGGCACCGUGUCCAACGACAAGAAUGCCAGCGCGUCGCUCGUUGCCACCGCUGCGGCAGCAAAGCAGCUACUCGCAGAAAUGAAUGCAGGAGGCGAAAUGGACGAGCGCAAGCGCAAGGAAAAUGCACACAAGGAACACCGAGCGCAAAUCAAGGCUACCCGCGAAUCCCUCCCUCUCUACGAGUAUCGCACCGAUCUGCUCGACGCCAUUCGCGACCACCAAGUCAUCAUCAUUGUCGCCGAAACGGGCUCUGGCAAGACCACCCAAGUCCCGCAAUAUCUGGUCGAGGCAGGCUACACGGCCAAGGGCACGAAAAAGAUUGGCUGCACCCAGCCUCGUCGCGUCGCUGCCAUGUCGGUGGCUGCACGUGUGGCGGACGAAAUGGACGUCAAGCUCGGAGCCGAAGUGGGCUACUCGAUCCGUUUUGAGGACUGCACGUCGGAAAAGACCGUGCUCAAGUACAUGACGGAUGGCAUGCUGCUGCGCGAGUUCUUGUCCGAGCCCGAUCUCGCGUCCUACUCUGUCAUGAUGAUUGACGAGGCGCACGAGCGCACGCUCCAUACGGACAUUUUGUUUGGGUUGGUGAAGGAUGUGGCGCGGUUUCGGCCCGAUCUCAAGCUCCUGAUCUCGUCGGCGACGCUGGAUGCCGAAAAGUUCUCAGACUACUUUGACAAGGCACCCAUCUUUACCAUUCCUGGUCGACGGUUCCCCGUGGAUAUCUACUACACAAAGGCGCCUGAGGCCGACUACUUGGAUGCCGCCGUAGUCACUGUUCUGCAAAUCCACAUGACCCAGCCCGCUGGCGAUAUUCUCGUCUUUUUGACGGGCCAGGAAGAAAUUGAGACGGCCCAAGAGGUCUUGCAGGAUCGUGUCAAGCGUCUCGGCAAGGCCAUCCCCGAACUCAUCAUCUGCCCAAUCUACUCGACAUUGCCGUCUGACAUGCAGACGAAAAUCUUUGAGGCUGUGCCCCCGGGCGCCCGCAAAGUGGUGCUUGCCACGAACAUUGCCGAGACAUCGCUCACCAUUGAUGGCAUCGUGUACGUGAUUGAUCCCGGGUUUGUCAAGCAAAAGUCGUACAACCCACGCACCGGCAUGGAGGCGCUGCUCGUCACCCCAAUCUCCAAGGCAUCCUCCAACCAAAGAGCCGGCCGCGCAGGUCGCGUGGCUGCGGGCAAGUGCUUCCGCCUGUACACGUCGUGGGCUUUCCAGAACGAGCUCGAAGAGUCGACCGUGCCGGAAAUCCAGCGGACCAACUUGGGAAACGUCGUGCUGCUCCUCAAGUCGCUCGGCAUCAACGAUCUGAUUCACUUUGAUUUCAUGGACCCGCCGCCCUCCGAGACGUUGAUUCGAGCCCUGGAGCAGCUGUACGCCCUUGGUGCCCUGAACGACCGAGGCGAGCUGACCAAGCUCGGCCGACGCAUGGCCGAAUUCCCCGUCGAUCCCAUGCUCUCCAAGACCCUGCUCGCCUCUGAGCAGUACCAGUGCCCCGAGGACGUGUUGACCAUUGUCGCCAUGCUUUCGGUGAACAACGCCAUCUUUUACAAGCCAAAAGACCGCGCCAUGCUUGCCGACAAUGCUCGCAAGAGCUUCUGGCGUCCAGGCGGCGACCACAUGUCCCUUUUGAGUGUCUACACGCAGUGGGUCGACACUGACCACUCGACCCAGUGGUGCUUUGAGAACUUUAUCCAGUUCCGCUCGAUGCGGCGUGCCCGCGACGUCCGCGAGCAGCUGCAGGGCUUGAUGGAACGCGUUGAAAUUGCACUGACAGCAGAGCCGACCAGCGCCAACAGCGAUCCCACCAAGAUUGCCAAAGCCAUCACCGCAGGCUACUUUUACCACGCCGCUCGCCUGUCCAAGGGCAGCUACCAAACCGUCAAACACUCCCAAACCGUGCACAUCCAUCCAACCAGCUCCUUGCUCGAGGAACUGCCUCGGUGGGUCGUCUACCACGAGUUGGUGCUCACCAGCAAGGAGUUUAUGCGUCAAAUUGUCGAAAUCAAGCCAGAGUGGCUGAUUGAAGUGGCGCCGCACUACUACCAGGCCAAGGAGUUGGAGAUGGGCACUGCCAGCACCACUUCGUAUGCCGCCAAGCGUCAAGCGGCGAUGGCCAAGGCUCCCGAGUCCUGAGGAGUUGUUGGUGAUUUGGUUUUCCGAGAGACAAAGAGUUUUUUUUUUUUUUUGCUUUCGGCACGCUACAAAAUAAAACUUGUCCAAUUGCAUUGGAUCAUCA